AGACAGAGUGUGUGGUGUAAAAUGAAUCAUUGUCCAGAGCAGAGGAAGCGCUGGAGCGUCAGCUGUGUGUUGUGUCUGAGCCGUCGACUGUGACAAACUUCAUUAAUCACAGAACAGAAUCUAAAUGAGUUAGUGUGUUUGGAUCCGACUGUAGAAGCUGCCAAAGCUGCAGGAAGUGACUGAGGUGGACAACCUCAUCAUCUUCUUUCCAUCUUCCUUCAACUCCUACAACAGAAAACCCCAGCAUUCAGCCUUGUGCAUCUGAGGCACAUGGGUGGAAGCGAGUGAUCGGCACCGCUGGUGUGGUCUCCAGGAGACGCAGUGAUGCAUCUGUGGGUUCUGUGUCUGUGGCAGUAACGUCUUCACCUUCUGAUUGAGCAGCGUCUGCUGCAGGAACCGUGUGACCCCGGACCCCGGUUCCAAAGCAGAGCUGUGAAUCGGGUCUGGGCCCGGCUUCACUGUGAGGCUGUGAUUACUGGACUCCUGAGGACACGCUCAUGUCCACGUCAUGACCCGCUGACGACUUCUCACCUCCUGCUCCCCCUCCUCCCUCCUCUGUCCUGCGCAAUGGCUCCGACAGACCGACCAUCCUUGUGGCCGCCGCCACCGUUGCUGCUGCUCGUCCUCACGUCCUGUUUCCUGUGUGAGUCUGCCUCCACCACACCCUUCCCCAAAGACCUGGAGCCCAUCACCAUGGUGAAGUCGGAGCAGUCCUACCUGUACCCCAGCUUCCAGGGUUUGCUGCAGGACAACGACACGCUGCGUCUGGGUCUGGACUUCCAGAGGAUGUUACGCAUCAACCACAUGUUGUACAUAGCCGCCAGAGAUCACGUGUUUGCAGUGAACCUGACGACGGCUUCAGAGGAGUUCACCCCUCAGCUGAAACUGACAUGGAAGUCCAAAGAUGUCAGCAAGUGCACGGUCAGAGGGAAGAACAGGGACGAGUGCUACAAUUAUGUUAAAGUGCUGGUGCCCAGAAACGACGAGACGCUGUUCACCUGUGGCACCAAUGCUUUGAACCCGACCUGCCGGAACUACAAGAUGACGACCUUGGAGCAGGUUGGAGAGGAGGUGGUCGGUCAGGCUCGGUGUCCCUUCGAGUCCGGACAGUCCAACGUCGGACUGUUUGCCGGGGGAGAUUUCUACUCGGCCACCAUGACCGACUUCCUGGCCAGCGACGCAGUCAUCUACAGAAGCCUUGGGGAGGGACAACCCGUCCUCAGGACGGUCAAGUACGACUCCAAAUGGCUCCGAGAGCCUCACUUCCUGCAUGCCAUCGACUACGGGAACUACAUCUACUUCUUCCUCAGCGAGAUCGCCGUGGAGUACACCGCCCUCGGCAAGGUGGUGUUUUCUCGGGUCGCCCGGGUUUGUAAGAACGACAAUGGAGGAUCUCCCAGGGUUCUGGAGCGAUACUGGACCUCUUUUCUUAAGGCUCGUCUGAACUGUUCGGUUCCGGGAGACUCCUUCUUCUACUUCGACGUCCUUCAGUCCCUCACCAACGUGCUGCAGAUUAACCAGAGACCUGCUGUGGUCGGCGUCUUCACCACCCAGGCCAACAGUAUCCCUGGUUCUGCAGUUUGUGCCUUUUACAUGGACGACAUAGAGAAAGUCUUCAACGGGAAGUUCAAAGAGCAGCGAACCAGCGACUCGUCCUGGACUCCGGUACCAGACGAACAGGUUCCCCGACCCAGACCAGGGACGUGUGCCGGUGACGGAUCCGCCGCUGACUUCAAGUCAUCAAUUCAGUUUCCAGACGAGAUGCUGACGUUCAUCAAGUCGUAUCCCCUGAUGGACGAAGCCAUUCCCUCCGCCAACGACAGGCCCUGCUUCACGCGGACGUCCAGCAGGUCCAAGCUGACUCAGAUCGUUGUGGACGUGUCAGCAGGUCCAUACAAAGACCGGACAGUGAUGUUCCUGGGCUCAGAUGAUGGGCGGGUUCUUAAGAUUCUGGCCAGUACGCAUCCUAACGACAGCUUUGGACCCAAGCUGCUGGAGGACAUUGACGUAUACAAUCCCUCCAAGUGUAACAUUCAGGGACAAGAGGACAGGAGGGUUCUGGGCCUGGAGCUGGAUAAGGACCAUCAUGCUUUGUUCGUAGCCUUCACCAGCUGUGUCAUCAGAGUCCCACUCAGUCGCUGCAGCCAGCAUGGGGCCUGCAAACGAUCCUGCCUGAACUCUCGUGACCCCUACUGCAUCUGGCUGCGCACGGGAAGCUGCGCCAACAUGGCUCCAGGUUUCAAAGCGGGGUUUGAACAGGAUAUCGAGGGCGACCAGUCGUUUCAGCCAGACAGCUGCCAUGCCGAUGUGUUGGCAACCACACGGAAUCAGGAGUCGGCGGUGGACUCGGCCUAUGGUGUUCGCCGUCUUCCCGACAUGGACCUGCAGGCCGGUGCCAACGUCCACUACACGCUACUGAUCGCCUGUGUGCUGGUGGCCUUCUUCCUGGGCGCCAUCCUGUCGGGCUUCCUAGUGUCGUGUUACUGCAGCCGCAGCGCGGCUCAGCGGGCGAGGAGGCUGGGGAAGGACCCAGAGGCGUCGCUGCCCCACGCUCUGUCGCUGCGCUCCCUGGCCAAGCUCAGUGGCCUGCUGGACACGCAGCCCAAGGACGAGAAACUGGACAUGUCCACCCCGAAGAUGUACAGCUCCUUCAUUCCCAACGGCCGGGCCUCACCUCACCUCCACAGCCCCAUGCAAAAGGGCCUGGCGCUGGGAGACCCCGACCUCAGCCUGUCUCAGUCUCUGUCUCAGGCUGACGGAGAGCUGUCCGGCCUGCCCACACCCGACUCCACGCCGGAGCUGCCCAUCAAGAACAUCAGGGCCCUGCGGCACCAUCAAUACGAGAAGAACCAGAACUGCAACAAUGCCAAGGACGGCAACCCCAGCUGCUCCGGGUCCAGUCUGGGCUUCAUGGCUGUGGUCGGGAACCCUUUGACCCAGCAUGCGUUUCCUUUCUCUCAUCACCAUAGCAACGGACCAGGCUCUUCUUCAGCCUCGCUGCACCUGCCGGAGGAGAAGGCGCUGUUGAACGAUGACCGAGUGGCAGCAGCGGGUGGAGGAGCAGCUCUUCACCACCAGUCUCAGCAGUCCCUUCCUCAGGCAGCUGUGGACGUGUCGGCGCUGGACGAGCUGCUGAAGCACAUCCACGAGGUCAGCGCCUCAGGGACCGGAGGCAUCAAGGUCCUCACCUCCACCUCCUCCCUGUUCCCUUCGUCCACAUCUGGACGCCAUCAUCACAACCACCAUCACAGCCAGCAUGGCCAGACCCGCACGCACCAGUACAACCACAGCCAUCACCAUAGCAACCACCACAACAACAACAGCAGCGGCGGCCACCAGCAGCAGCAGCAGCAGAUUCCAGAGACAGAACCUUCUUAUUACAGCACAUCCACACUGCCGAGGGACGGGCCCAAGCUCCUGGACCCUCCCCCUCAUACCUCCACCUCGUCGUCAAGCUCCUCCUCCUCGUCUUCAUCCAACAACCCCACAUCCUCCACCUCCAUCCCUUCCUCCUCCUCUUCGUCAUCCUCGACGCCACUGCAGCAGCAGGUGAUUCCGGAGCAGCCUGGAGCGAGCGGCGUCUCGGUGGCACGUCAUCACUCUCAGCGUCAGGGCCUUAUCAAGAUGGGCAGCGGAGGCGGGGCGGUUCCUCGCCACCACAGCUUCAACCAGCGAGGGGCACAGCACGCGCACUUCCUGGCCAGGAUGAACACCAACAGCAGCAGUAACGGCCCCCCAGCCCCCAGCAGCAAUGCUAACGCCGAGAGCCGGCGGCCCGCGCCCGCCAGCUCCUGCCUCACGCGACAGCACAGCUACAGCGAAGGCCACACGUGCAGCGGGCGGCGAUCGUCCGCAGAACCGUGUCCCUCAAGCCCCAAGUCCCCCCCAAGCCUCUGUUCCUGCCAAACACAGCGGCGUCACCAGGAGCAGAGGCAGGAACCUACAACUACUGAGAGCGAGCAGGGGGUGGCCUGGGCCUCGACCCGGCCUGGGCCUCGACCCGGUCUGGGGCUCGACUCGGCCUGGGCCUCGACCCGGCCUGGGGCUCGACCUGACCCGGUCUGGGGCUCGACUCGGCCUGGGCCUCGACCCGGCCUGGGGCUCGACUGGGGCUCGACUCGGUCUUGGGCAGCUCCAGUCGCCUCCUGACACACCGGAUCAAAGUCAGCGUGAGAAACAUUCCAAAAGCAGCACUCAGAGAUGUUAACGAGUCCCUUCAGCUCAAAGUGGCCUGAAAGUGAUUAAUGCAGUUUUCUGAUGAAAGCUUUGAUCGCAUGGGCCGGUUGCUGCACGUUGCCACACGUUUCAUCAGAGAUUCAGGGAAGACGCAGUGUGGGAGAGUUGGAGCCAAGUUGUUUGACGUGAAUACUUUGUCUUGUCUGGUAUCCUGACAUUCACACGUGAGGACGACAGAGGCAACACUUCAGAUGGACUCGGUGACAGCAGCAGGCACGGGUUCUGUACCAUAUUGGUAUGUGUCAACCACCAGGAGCGGACGACUGACCCUAACAUGCAUGUGUCACACCUGUUACUGUCACUGCUUCUGCUCCCGGGAUCAUUUUCAUAAUUAUUAAUGUGGUCUGUUUAGGAUGUGCCUGACGUACGACGUGUUCGACAUCUGCCUUAAUUAAGAGACGUGAGGCAGAUGUCACCUGCUUAGGACCCGUCAUGGCCAGACUCAGUCGUAGCCUGGCUGGUUUCCUGCGCUAACAUGCUAAUGAAACAGAAUGGGUCAAGGAAUCAUAUUCUCAUCGCUUUCAAAGAAUCUGGUGAAAAUCUGCUGGUUGCACUUCCCCAAACUAAUGAUUCAGGAGCUGAAAUCAGCAUUUCUGACAUUUUCUAUUCAAAUGUUUGUAGACUGAGUGUGUGUGAACAUAGCACCAGCCAUCAUGUAACAGUGGAGCAGCAGCAAGUGGGAACCUCAAGGAACCACGGGAAUGUAUGUCUGAGGCCCGUUGGUGACGAUGGCUGGGGAGCAUUUCUUACUUCUGAUUCUAGUUUUGCUUCCCAGCGUUUUUCAUGGUCGAGAGAGUUUUAGAGACUGUGUGAGUCAAGUGUUUGACUCAGUGGAGAUGCACAGAAAUAGCAAUAAACUCGAUGUCUGGGGAAGUGAUGACAGUCAGACAGGAGUCCACCAUGAACUUUGACCUUUACUAAAUCCACACAAAUCUUACAGCACCAGAACAUGUUUCAGGUCAGGUUAUGACCAUUUGAAAAAGUGAAUCCAUGAGAACAAGGCAAACAGAGACAAUGAAAGAAGUCCCAACAGAUUCAUAUUUUAUUGGAGAAAUUAAGAUUAAAAUCAAGAGGCUUUUUAGUUAACCGGGACCUAAACAGCACAAAGAAAGUUGCAGCUGAGGCGGGAGGUCAGUCUAUCGGCACUGGGAUGAGUGUGGCCCUGUUACAUGGUCCUCUGUGGGACCAGAAAUCAGUGUUGUUCUGUUCGCACUCAGCCAGGAUUUAUUUUAAUUUAUUUCAAAGAUUCAGCUCCAGAUUCACAAACAUAACGAUCUGUUGCCCUUUUGUUUGAUUCAUUUUACAGGAAACUGUGUUUUAGAGUGAAGGCGUCACAUUGGGCUGGUUCCAGGUGUCUGACACAACAACGGACUUCUGUUUAGUUUAAUGAAUGGAAAUGUAAAAAGAUCAACAUUCUUCUGUGUCACCAAAGUUUGAACACUUUAUUCUAGAUCUGGUCUCAGCUGGUUAAAACCAAACCUAAGAACCAGCGGUACCAGUGUCACAGAACCUCACUGUUGCUGCUGUAAGACUCUGACUCGAGCAUCAAGUCAGUACGUUCCCUCUGCUCCACGCUGUGACUGAGUGGCUCUGAUGCAAUAAAGGACAGAAGCCGGGUUCUGAGGAGGAUCCUGAGCCCGACACCAUGAGAAACAGAACCGUUCAGAGGUUUCUCAUUCAUGGCGGUGCUGCAAAAAGCACUACGGCUCCUUUUCUAAAAGCUUUUUGUACGACCACACACUUGUAACCUUGAAAAUGAAUUUGUUUAUUCAUUCUGUGAUUCUCUGGUCCCGUCCUCAAAUCGAGCCAAGGGGGCGCAGAGACGCUGUGAUCUCUGUCAGUCACAGCGCCACCAGCUGGACCGCAUCCAAUGACAAUGUAAAACCAUUGCCCUUCCUGUGUAAAUAAAGGCUACUGUGGAGUGUU